AUGGUUGCCAUUCGCUCACAAGGCCGCACGGCCCGUCGUCUUCGGACCUUGACGACGAAUACAGAUGCUUGCAAGUCUCCUUGCCUCGAGCACAGCCAGCCACAAAUACCCACUCCACCCUCAGCAUCGAGUCCCUCCGCGGAAGGGCAACAUGUCCAGAUACCUUCCAGUCCGGCCGCCGCGGUUGCCACCAUACCGGGGCUUCGCCACACGUUUGCCUCUCUUUCCACCAGCACGGAAGCCCAUCACUACACCCUGGAACACCUCGACAUACUGCAGGCCAACCUUAUAAAAUUCGCUAACGACUGGGGCAUCAUCGACCACGAAGACAAGCCAUCCCUCGACAAAAAGGGGAAGCAGAAACAAGGCGUCCGGCGCGUGGCAUUUUACGUCCACAAAUCGAUCAACUUGAACUCUUGGAGGGUUGAGUGGGAUGUGCCGCACGGCGAGGGAUACAUCGCCAUGUUGGUGCUCCGUCUUGAUAACGACAGCGAAAUCAAGAUCUACAACGUCUACAACCGCAAGCCGGGCAAGUCCUUCAUCAUGAAGAACUUUUUUGCCGCAUGUCGGAACCUCGACAAUUGUUUCAUCCUUGGCGACUUCAACGCCCAUCAUAAGGACUGGUCUCUUCCUGACCCCAAGGGGAAAAGGCCAAAAGGGAAUACACAUGGCAGAACUCUCAACUCAGCGGCAAAGAAAGCAGGGAUGCGUUGCCUCGUCUGCAAGAUCCCUACAUAUCGGAGUGGUUCUAAACAAUCAACCAUUGACUUGGUCUGGGCUGGAAAGGAACUCCGUCGUCGAAAUCCAAAGGUCCGAGUUGAGGAUGCUCGUGGGUUCCACGAGGACCAUUGUGUCAUCUACACCACUCUGGACGCUCGAGUUAGUCAGGACGGUAGUAGGAAGUGGAAAUUUGAUCGCAUGAACAGUGUGGACAAAGCGAAAUUCAGGAAGAAGGUGGGCGCUACACUGCGUCUUCUGCGAGACUCUGACAAAUCCUUGCCGGACCUGUCUUCCCCAUCGCGCAUCAAUCUUUUCGCCUCGGAUAUUAUCAACGCUGUUCAGCUUGCAACCGAAACUUGCGUCGAGAGUCAAGUGCGGAACCCAAACACGCCUCGGAAACAACUACCGCUUACACCCGCUAUACGAGACCAUCUUGCACAAGAGAGAAUUGCCAUGAGCAAAUUGCGCCGGAUGACAGUUGGAAAGCGACCAUACCAGAAACAGCUACAAGUUCUUGAAGCCCUCCACAGCAAAAGCAAUCGUCUGAUGAGACUCGAAGGCAGGAAGCAUUGGCGGUGCAGAGCUGCCAUUCAGUCUUUCCAGGACCCAGGGCUAUGGUCGCUGGUGAGGUGGGCGCAACGUCGUAGCAAGAUGCAGCGACCACCGCAUAUGCCCAUGUUCAAAUCUACCGUAAACAAUCAGACCACCAUUUGCGGUAGCUCAGAGGAGAAUGCCAAGGUUUUCCGGGAUUCGAUAUGGGAGAAAACGCGCGAUUGUCCCCCUGACGAGGUCCCGCAGGGUGGGACGUCGAAUCUGCUGCACACUGGGUGCCAGAUUCCGGCCGCUCCAGCAAGUCCUGCUGGGGGCCCUGAUUCGACGCCUGUAUGCUGCAACACGCCCACCACACCAUCCCUUCCCGAAAGCGUUUCCGAAAGCGUUCCCGCCACACCAGCAGAGUCGCAAGGUCCUUCUUCCCCUGCAUCAGACUCAACCUCUUUUGCACCUCCGCCUGGGGUCGACCCAGCCCAUUGGGCUGCUGCCUUGUCCAGGGAGAGAGCCAAGACUGAGGGUCAGAGAAAAGCCAGAGCUGAAGUCAGGGCUAGGCACGCCGCCCAAAAGAAGGCCGAGGUCAAACGCAAGGAGAUUGAGAGGCUCAUCAAGAUAAUGGGACAUGACAAGCCUCCACUCAUUAUGGAGAAUCAUGUCGCCAAUGUCAUCAAACGCCUCAAGACCGGCAAGAGUCCAGGCCCUGACGAAGAGCCUACGACCAUGCUCCGAAUGCCGGGCUAUAUUUCGAUGGAGUUUUACGUUGACAUUGGUAUUCCUCAGGGAAGCCCACUAUCGCCUAUUCUCUUUACCUUCUUUGCUGCGCGGAUCAUCGAGAUGUUUGACGAGGAAAACCCCAAGGAAGACCGUGUCUUUGCACUUUCAUACGUCGAUGAUACGUACAUCGUUGUUACUUCAAAGGACUAUGCGAGAAAUUGCGAGCUCAUCGAGAAGUGGCAUCAGCGAGUUCUGGAGUGGGCCGCACCGCGCGGUAUCAACUUUUCUCCAGCCAAGUACAGUGUCAUGCACUUUCGAAAGCCUGGUGAUCGAGGUGAGCCGUACGAGGGGGUUCCCAACAUUCCCAACUUGGCCAAGGACAGCCUGGUCAAGGAAAGGUUGACAAAGAGAAAGAAGAGGGCGGUUCUGAGGAAGAAGCGACAGGACCCAGCGAAGCGACAAGACCCAGCGCUUAGAAACGACGACGAUGAUGAUGAGGAGGAGGAGGAACUUGGCGGUCUUCGAAUACUGGGUAUUCAGGUGGAUCACAAACUGACGUGGGCCGAUCAUAUUGAUAGCAUUGAGCGCAAGGUUGAGACGAAGAUGAACUCGCUGCGCGGCCUGCACCAGUCAACGUGGGGACCAGGAUUUCAUCAGAUGAGGAAGAUAUAUCUCACUAGCGUCAGGUCGAUCAUCUCCUAUGGCUGUGCGGCAUGGUUCCUCUUUGGCGACAACCACAUGAUGAAGUAUCAUCUCACGCAAGCUCUCGUCGACCGGCUUCAUUCACUGCAGGCACAAUGUCUUCGGAUGCUAGCUGGGGCCUUCGGUUCGACACCUGGCGCUGUUCUCCAGAAGGAGUUGAAUAUUGAGCCCAUCACGGUUCAUCUCCUAAGACUCGCGACGUGUCAACGUGCCCGUGCACUCGAUGGAGACGACCCGGGCUUGAUGGAGAGCUUGCAUAACCGCUUCUAUUCCAGACACAGGUCUGACAAGUUUGACAAACAACCUUACAGAGUCGCAUACUACUAUGCCAGAGCCGUGGCCAGCGAAGUAGGGACCGAAUAUGAUCAUACGACAAGGACCAGGAACCUCGAGCGCCCCGAGUGGAGUAGACUUGACAUCAUGCACCGGAAAAUCGCCAUUGGGAAAUAUGUCCAGCGUCAAUCCAACCUGUUUUGUGCAGAGCUCUGGCGAGACUAUUGCGAGCAACGCCAGAUUGCCCCGACGUCGUAA